GUUCUCGCCUGGUUUUCUGCUGGGCCGUGUUGCAGCUACUAACACAUUGUUACGCCGAAGGACACACCCAUCGCUUGAGACAAGAAUGGACAUGGCUCGAUGGUUCAGUAGCUGGACCCCAGAAUGCAGCUCCCUCUGUCGACAAUCCACAACCAGGUGGUCGUUCAGAUGCUGCAGUAUGGGUUGGGUCCAAAGAAAUUUGGAUGUUUGGAGGUAAAGUGAAUUCGGCACCAGAUUCUUUCACCAGCGUUUAUGCAAACGAUCUAUGGCGUUACAAGAAUUCCAGUUGGGUUCUGAUGCAUCCCGGAAAUGCUCAUAACGUGUCUGGAAGCCAAGUAGAGGCACCACCAUCGUCAGCUAACAGUGCAAUGUGUGUCAAGCCAGGCAGUCGCACUGUUGUCUUCACUCCGUCCACGGUCGAUUCAUCACACACAUGGAUUUUCAAUAUGGCGUCUGCACGCUGGCAGCCUGCUGAUAGCGUAGUCAGAGAGAAUGCUACGAUGAGUGAUAAAAAGAUUGCUGCAACGGCCAAGAAGGAACCGAAGGAUGAUGAAUUAGCAGAAAAUGACACUGGGGAUAAAGAGCCAUUGUCAUCAGGGACAACGGUAAGCACAUCGGGUCCGAAAAUGCACUACGAAGAGCCACCUCUUCGGCAAUCGCUGCUGUGGUGGUGUAAGAAAGACGAGAUGUGGAUAUACGGCGGUGAGAACGCGGCCGGCGAGAUACUGAGCGACUUGUGGAUUUUCUCGCUGGAUAAUCUCAGGUGGACUAAGAUGGGCGCCACCAAAGAGCUCGUCAACACCAACGGUGCAACGAUGUGGGAGAAGAGCAAUGAAGUGCUCAUCUAUGAAGGAAGCAGUCCCAGUGCUGUGCUGUGGAGUUUGAACACUACCAGUGUUCAACUGCGACAGAUGAAUCAAAAUGGCGAGCUAUCACUCCACGUGGGAAUGGUCAUCCAUAAACCUCCUAGGCGGCUGUUCGCAAUGGGCUGGGUCACGGACAAUGGCGACCUUCUUCUUUACGGUGGACAGGACCUCACCGCUGCAGGUUCUCCCUUACUCGGUGACAUCUGGGUAUUUGAGACUGCUGAUCUAGUCUGGCAACGGAUGGUGCCAGUUACUACGGGCACGGUGCAAUAUGGACAGCGUAAUGUAACGUCCAUCUUUAACUUUCCUGGUCCGCGGGCGCGCGGAGCAACCUGGACCCAUGACGGGGACAUGAUGCUUUUAGGGGGCGUUGGUAAUUCUGAUGGAGACGGAGAUGCGUUGUUGGACGACCUGUGGAUGUUACGCUUGAAGUCUAUUGACGACUUGUUCACAGUAGCGGCUAAGGUAACGAGUAGCAACAUGUCAAGUAGCAAGGGGUACGGCAUCUUCUUCGGGACAUCUAUCGCAAUCUUUGCGGCGUUUGCUCUCGGAAUAUUUCUGCAAAAGUGCAUCCGAUGGCCAGUGAAGUACGGAGGAAGCAGGCGACGGAAAAUGACGCGAGAAGAGUAUUACAGGGUCGUGGACAGCUAAAGGGUUGCGCAUUUUCAACUUUUUAGACGUCCAUCACAUCAUGCGCUUUGGUUGGUGAUAUGAAAAAUCCAGUGGUAAAUAACUGAACGGGUUAUAUUUCUAUUAUGUGGCCUCUGGAUAUUCAUUGGCUCUGGAAGACUUCAAACCGAUUUUCUAUAAUUCAAAUGACGUUGUAAUAUUAUCUAUGCAUAUUGUCUCCGUCUUUAUAGAUUACACAUAUUUUUGCCAUUUUGCCAUGUGUUUUAUAAUGACGUGGUAUAUAUAUACAGAGCCGGAUUUAGACGUGACGAGGCGGCAGAGGCACUGUUUGACAAGCGUUAAUAGAACUUGAAAUGUG